AUGACCAGGCAGGAGGUGCUCGUCCUUCAUCCACUUUCCCUUUUUCCCCCCAUCUUCCUCUCUCGUUCUCUCUCGUCGUCCCUUCGCAAGCGUUCGUGGGUAGUGUCCAGAUCUUGCUCCCCCUCCGCUUGCUCCAACGGUGUUCGUUCCUACGACCCCUCCAAAGCUACCUCGACGGGUGCCACCUUCUCCAUCCAAUACCUCGAGGGAAGCGUCAGCGGGCCCAUCUACUGGGACUCAAUCCAGAUCGGCGGCUACGGCAUCGAAUUUCAAGCUUUGGCUGCCGUCACGACCGUCCAAGACGAGCCCCUCGAGCGCGAUUUUGAUGGCUUCCUCGGCCUCGCGCUUCCGCUCAACUCCAUCAUCGCUAGCAUCUUCUCGCCCUCGGCCGGAAAUUCUCCCGACGGCGCCGUCUUUGCCUCGAACCUCUUCGGCAUCACCCCCGUCGGUUCUGUCCCCGCCGCGCGCCUCUCGCUCGCGCUCUCCCGCCCCGACUCCCCCGAGGUUACCUCGCUGCUCGGCAUCGGCCAGCACCCCACCGCGCUUGUCCCGGAUCCGGCCAAGAUCACAUACUCACCUGUGAUCGCGUCCAACGUGGGCAACAAAUUCUGGAAGACCAACGUUCGCGGGGUCACCGUCGACGGUCAGAGCCGCCCGCUCACGCUCGGGCGCUCACAUACGGGCGCCGUAUUCCCCACCGCGGUGCUCGAUUCGGGAGUGCCGUACAUCCUGACCACCACUGCCAUCGCGAACGGGAUCUAUGGUGCGCUGGGCAUCGGCCCCGGCGCUGACGGACAGUACUACGUCCCGUGCACGACGCCGCUCAACAUGACGAUCACGCUCGACGGCCAGCCGGAGCUCCCCCUGAACUCGCUCGACGUGACCGCCAAGCCCCCGAACGACGCUACCGCGAGCACCUGCCUCGGGCUCAUCCAGACCGCCAGCGGCCAGCUCGAUACCUCGCCCACGCUCGACGACAUGAUCCUUGGUGUCCCUUUCCUGCGCAACGCGUACACUGUCAUGGCAUACGACAUCCCCUACACGAACGGGACGUUCCCAAACGCGACCGCGCCGCUCGCGACCGACACCAUCCGCCCGCGCCUCGGCUUGCUUGGACUCACGAACGCGACAAAGGCGCUGGAAGAGUUCAACACCGUGCGCGUGCUCAACCAGCCGCUGUCGGGCCAGCCGACGGCAAAGGCGGCUCAGAGCUCGUCGGGGAAGAAGCUCUCCGUCGGCGUCGAGGUCCUCCUCGGCCUCGUCGGGUUUUUCGCGCUAUGCGUCUUUCUCUCUGCGGGACGGUGGUACGUCGGGCGGCGGCGAUGGCGGCGCGCAGGCGCGCGCGACGCGAAUGCCGGCGACGAUAAGGGAGGGCUGCCCGGAUACCAGCUCGCACGACGAGGGUCGAGGGAGAGCAGUGACGAGGACGAAGUGCAGCAGCCGUCGGAGGAUGUGCUGCGGCUGAUGCGGUUUGAGGAGUACAAGCGCCGCAUGGCAGUCAGCUCCGCGUAUACCAUGGACAGCGCGCGCACACGCAUCGGCGGCGAGGAUGGCGAGGACGGCGAGUUUGGGCUGCGGAAGAGCAAGUUUGGCGAUGCGCUGGAUGGCACGGGCAUGGGAUGGCGCGACACGCUCGUGGAUGAUCGGCCGUUAUCGAAAGGCUUCGGAGGUGGCGAGGCGGUGACAGAAACGACCUUGAUGCCGCGGCCGCGUUUCGGGCAUCAGCAUACUGCGAGCGAUGUCGGGUCGUCGAAGGACGGCGGGGUGGGCGUUACGGAGCCGCUCCUCGCGCACACACGUGCCGACUCGCGCGCGCUGGACGACAUCGGCGGGCUCGAGAUGGGCCCGUUGGGUGUGGGCACUGGACCUGGUGGCGUGCGGGGAAGUAUGGCGGGUGUCGGAACGGCUGCGCGGAGCAGCAGGCUUGACGCAGAGCACCGGUUAAGCGCGUCGAGCGUUGGUGGAGGGAUGGGCCUCGGGGGCGAGCGGAGCUCGUUGCCGUUGCCGCCAUUGCUGCCGCCAUCGCCUGCGAGCCUGCGGUUCCCUGGUAUCGCGGUCGCGGACAACACGACGUCGUUGCGCGUGAGCGCGGCCCCGACUGUGGAUACGACGGCAUCGAAGGAGGGGAUGAGUGGGCACGAAAUCGAGUCGUGA